GCUGAUAACACGCGAUCUUGGUCUUAACUCGUAUACAAAAUUUUCCAUGGAGCAAUAUUCCGACAAACAAAUUCCAAAUUACUUCCAGGAGGUUAACCCACAUCAGUGGUCACUCAUUGAUUUUUUAGAAUGGAGAUCUGAAAACCUUAUUUUAAGAGACCGCAAUCAAGAACACGGUAAAUUAUUUUUCCUUGUGAUAGGCACAGUUGAUGGGCCAAAAGCCUGCCCUAGUCCUCUUGAGUCUAUUGCUGUGACACACUGGUGUGUCCUCUUGAGUCAUCCAGUGUUGAAUCCUCUUGAGUUCGUUGCAGAUAUAAAAUGUUCUCCGGAAGUUGUGAAGUUCUGGAAUGAUCGGAAUACUCAAAAUCUACGUGAAAAAAUCCAGCAUGUUAAAGCGCAUAAUGAACUAAAAUUAUUCCAGAUCGAAUCUGAAGAUUUAAAGUACGCUCUCGAUCGAAGUAAGAAUUUAAACUUCACCACAAUCGAAAACAAAAGAAAAGAAGCGUUGGAAAAGUCCGAUGGUGAUUUCCAACCUAUGAAAACGUCCUCGACGAAGCGGAAAAAACAAUCAUCACUUUCAAUAAAGAAUGAAGAAUCGGCCAACUUGACCGCAUCAAAGAAGGUCAAGAUCACAGAUGAAGGAAAUGCGGAGAUGAACGAUACCGGUGAUCCAACCGCAUCAAAUUCACAACCCUCAGAGUCAAUAGGAACGCAAAGGUCUAGUAGAGAAGUAAAUGAUGUAAAUACCAGGAAUGAUAGACUGAGUAUAUCGGGAAAUAAG